AUCUGGGGUAAUGAUUAGGCUUUCCGUGGAUCGACAAUGCACUCGACCAAGCCAGCACUGUUACUGCUCGUCCUGGCCAUUGGCGCCAGCUGCGUGGUGGCCACCCCCCGGCCGGGCCUCCUCGACGGCGUCUGGCAGGAGCUGGGCCACGCCGGCCAGACCAUCGUCAACGGUCUGGUUGAGGCCGCCAAGAACGGAUCGCAGAUUGCCGGCGACUUCUUUGGCCAGGUGAAGAACUCCACCUCGGAGUAUCUGGAGCAGUCGGCGGAGUACGCCCAGAAGAUCGCUGAUGCCCUGCACAAGGCCGUUGCCCAGGGACUCGGCGAUUUCUCCGACGCCAUUAAGGAUGCUGCCGCUUCUCUGGAAAGCGGCAUUAGCUCCUUGACCGAUAAUGCGAAGCGUCAGGCCCUCCAGGAUGCCCUGAAAACCGUGCUAGCCCUUCAGAACGCCACCUCGGACCUGGAGUCCACUCUAAACAACAUCACUGCCCAGCUGGAGGAGCAGAAGCAGAAGCACGCUCAGGAGAUCGAGGUGUCCUGGAACCAAUGGGCCGAGGCCCAGUUAGAUCGCGUCGAUGAGCAGACCAACGGCCAGGGCAACGACGAGGCCGAGGAGGUCCUCAACGAGUUCCAAGCCCGCUACUCCGAAUACAUCCACGAUUGUCUGCAGCACCUUCAGGUGCACGUGGCCCUCUACGAGCAAAGCGUCCACGAGACUGUCUCCGGAUACCACAACGCCACUGACGAGCUGAUCGUCCAGAUCCAGCUGUGCCUGGAGUCCAACUCCGGCCGCGGAACCUGCCGUCGCAACAUCAACAAGGCCGUGCGCAAGCUGCAGUCGGCUCCCAGGGAUCUGGUUAGGCUCAAGUUGAAGGGUCUCGGCCUCCUGGCCGUCGGCCUGGAUGCCAGCGGCUGUGUGGGCCAGACCCUGGCCGAGCACGAACUGGAGAAGGGAAGUGUGGAGCGGAAGCUGGACGAGAUCAUCAGUCGCAAUCAGGCAUCAGGCUCCACCGAAGCUGCCGACGCCUCCACAGCCAACGACUCCGAGGAAUCGGAGGAGUCAGAGGAGGAGUAGGAACACUCCAAGUUGAAGAUCACAAAAAUCACGACACUAUAUUAGCAUAGAUAUUUUUUACUUUAUUCGGUGUGGGAUCAAAAGGGAGUUGAAUAAAAAAUCUUUUUUCAAUGCAACAAA